AUGAUGGAGAGUUGCAGUUUCCUCCUCGGAGCCAGGUCCGUCCACGUGGAAGCAGCAAUCCACGGCAGAAAAGCGCUGGCAGAACUGUGUCCAAAUCGCAGAACUCCUAUGCCGGCGCUGACUUUCAGGACUUGCCCAAUGCUUCGCUGCACUGGCAAAGCUCCGACUGGAAGGAAGCCCAGGUUCAUGCGUCAUCACAUCGCAAUUCGUGAUCCCGGCAAUGUGCAGAUAGAAGCAAAGCGAACCAGCUUUCCCUGUAGAAGACGCAGCAGAAGAUGGCAACAUGGCUCCUUUUUUUGGGCCACAUUGACAGAGUUUUUCCCGUUCCCACAAUGUUUGCGCAUCUCCAUAUGGGCGUGUCUGAAAAUAGUGUACCCCUAA